CUGUUAGGGAUGUUCCCACUAUCUGGAAAAAAGAUCAUCUUUGACAGCUUCCCUGACCCCUCGGACACUUGGGAAAUUAUUGAAACUAUUGGGAAAGGCACGUAUGGCAAAGUCUUCAAAGUAAUCAACAAGAAAAAUGAAAGCAAAGCUGCAGUUAAAGUUCUUGACCCAAUCUAUGAUAUUGAUGAAGAAAUUGAGGCUGAAUACAACAUCCUCCAGGCUCUAUCGGAUCAUGAGAAUGUUGUCAAGUUCUACGGAAUGUACUUCAAGAAGGAUGUAAAGAACGGAGAUCAGCUCUGGCUUGUGCUGGAGUUGUGCAAUGGAGGGUCUGUCACCGAUCUUGCCAAAGGCUUAUUGAAACGAGGUGAAAGAAUGAAUGAAAUGAUUAUUGCCUACAUCCUGCAUGAAGCCUUGAUGGGGCUUAAACAUUUGCACAACAACAACACCAUUCAUCGUGACAUCAAGGGCAAUAACAUCCUAUUAACAACAGAGGGAGGCAUCAAACUUGUGGAUUUUGGUGUUUCAGCUCAGUUAACUAGCACUUGCCUUCAACGCAAUACAUCUGUUGGAACCCCCUUCUGGAUGGCCCCAGAGGUAAUAGCUUGUGAGCAGCAGCUGGAUUCCUGUUAUGAUUCACGUUGUGAUGUCUGGUCUUUGGGCAUCACUGCCAUUGAACUCGGAGAUGGAGAUCCACCACUGGCUGAUCUACACCCAAUGAGGGCACUUUUCAAAAUACCCAGGAAUCUGCCCCCGAAACUGCAUCAGCCAGAGCUCUGGACAGAAACGUUUAAUAACUUUAUAAGCAAAUGCCUCAUUAAAGACUUUGAGCAGCGUCCAACUGUCUCUGACCUUCUGGACCACCCCUUUAUGAAACAGAUCAAAGGCAAAGAGAAAACCCUGCAGAAACAAUUAAUGGAGCUCAUAGAUCUUCAGCAGCAAAUGGGCAGCGUGGAAAAGAUCAGGCAUGAACGUAUCCACACAAAGAAAGGUCAGCACACGAGGAAUAGCGGCGGCUCAAACCUAGAUAACGUGGACGAUCUUGCUACGCUGGAAGUGUUAGACGAAAAUACAGUCACAGAACAGCUGCAAAAGCGCUACAGUCAGGAACAGAUAUACACUCAUGUCGGAGAUAUCCUUAUCGCUGUUAACCCAUUCCAGAAACUGGACAUCUACUCCUCCGAGGAUUCCAAGUUGUACAUUGGAGCUAAACGCACUGCCAAUCCACCCCACAUCUUUGCUGUGGCAGAUAUUGCUUACCAGGCAAUGGCUACUUACAAUACAGAUCAGUGCAUUGUGAUCAGUGGAGAAAGUGGAGCUGGGAAAACGGAAAGCGCUCACUUCUUAGUCCAACAGCUCACUGUUCUGGGAAAGGCCAAUAACAGAACAUUGCAGGAGAAAAUCCUUCAGGUUAACAACCUGCUGGAAGCAUUCGGGAACGCCAGUACCAUUAUCAAUGAUAACUCCAGCAGGUUUGGCAAAUAUUUGGAAAUGAAAUUCACCUACGGGGGGACGGUGGUGGGAGCACAGAUCUCCGAAUAUCUGUUGGAGAAGUCGAGAGUCAUCAACCAGGCUUCAGGGGAGAAAAAUUUCCAUAUUUUUUACUAUGUCUACGCUGGCCUGGCACAGAAGAAGAAACUAGCACAUUAUAAGUUAUCUGAAAGCAAACCUCCAAGGUACCUUCAACACGAGAAAAUUAAAAUGAUGCAAGACAUUGUGAACAACACUUUCAACAAGACCCAGUUUGAAGCCAUUGAGCAAUGCUUCAAGGUCAUAGGAUUUGCAAUGGAGGAGCUGGGGAGUGUCUACAGUAUCCUAGCAGCCAUCCUGAAUGUUGGUAACAUCGACUUCAACUCAGUUGCAUCAGAGCACCAGACUGACAAGAGCAACAUAGUUAAUCCUGGAGCACUUGAAAAUGCUGCCUCGUUGUUGUGCAUCCGACCUGAUGAGCUGCAGGAGGCUCUGACCUCUCACUGCGUCGUGACUCGAGGAGAAACCAUUGUGCGUCCCAAUACUGUGGAGAAAGCCACUGAUGUCCGAGAUGCCACAGCGAAGACUUUGUACGGUCGUCUCUUCAGCUGGAUAGUCAAUCGCAUCAAUACCUUACUGAAACCUGAGAAAGUUCUGAGCGAUGAUGAUGAAAAAGCCCUGAGUAUUGGAAUUCUUGAUAUUUUUGGCUUUGAGAAUUUCAAGAAAAACUCCUUCGAACAAUUGUGCAUUAACAUUGCCAACGAACAGAUUCAGUUCUACUUCAACCAACACAUCUUUGCCUGGGAGCAGAAUGAGUACCUAAAUGAAGACGUGGAUGCUCGUUUGGUUGAAUACGAAGACAAUCGGCCGCUGCUGGACAUGUUUCUGCAGAAACCCAUGGGUCUCCUCUCACUGCUGGAUGAAGAAAUUUGCUUCCCGCAAGCUACUGACCAGACACUUGUAGAAAAAUUUGAAGUCAACCUCAAAUCAAAGUACUUCUGGAGACCAAAACGAGUUGACUUAGGUUUCGGAAUUCAUCAUUACGCAGGAAAGGUCCUUUACAAUGCCAGUGGCUUCCUGGCAAAGAACCGGGAUACAUUGCCAGCGGAUAUAGUACUGCUACUGCGAUCAGCUGACAAUCACCUCACCAGGCAGCUUGUAACACAUCCGCUUACAAAAACAGGAAAUCUGGCUCAUACCAAGGGCAAAAGCAUUACCACAUGUCGUGUUCGAACUCCUCAACGUACACCAAACCAUUCGAAAAUGGAUGUCUUUGUAUUGUACAGUUGUUCUAACACUUGUGAGGGUGACAGCGGAGACUGUGCACAUUAUCCCAGAGAGACCACCAGCAUGAGAACACAAACUGUGGCCUCUUACUUCAGGUAUUCACUCAUGGACCUUCUCUCCAAGAUGGUGGCCGGUCUGCCUCACUUCGUCCGUUGCAUAAAACCAAACAACGACCGCCAGGCAAACAAGUUUGAUCGGGAAAAGGUGUUGGUGCAGCUUCGAUACACGGGAGUGAUGGAGACUGCACGGAUACGCAGGCAGGGAUAUUCACAUCGCAUCCUCUUUGCAAACUUCAUUAAAAGGUACUACAUUAUUGCUUUCAAAUCGAUCGAGGAGCCACAUGUGAGCCCGGACACAUGCAUUGCCAUUCUGGAGAAAGCUAAACUGGACAACUGGGUCCUUGGAAAAACCAAAGUGUUCCUGAAAUAUUACCACGUGGAACAGCUCAACCUAAUAAUCAAGGAAAUGGUGGACCGAAUAGUGCUGGUUCAAGCCUGGGUGAAAGGCUGGCUUGGAGCUAAACGCUACCGAAAGAUGCAAGGGAAGAGAGAGCAAAGUGCCAUGGUCCUUCAGUCAGCUUACAGGGGAUACAGAGUACGGAAAGACAACACAGUUGGAAAACACAAGUUAGAACAAACAAUCAUUAAACUUCAGGCCGCUGCAAGAGGAUACCUGGUCAGAAUGCAGUUCAGGAGAUUGUUGGAUGAACAGAAUAAUGCUGCAGUUAAGAUCCAGUCUCACUUCCGGGGCUACAAGGAUAGAAAGAGCUUCCAAAAGAAAAAGGAACAGAGGAGUAAAAUCCAUGCUGCAGAAGCAUCUCCAAAUGAAGAGCAAAGUAAAACGGAUGUGAUUACUGAAGAAGAGGUGAAGGAAAACGAAAAGGCAGUGGGUUCUGGAGAGGAACACUCCCAAGAGGAGGACGACGAGGGCACAAAAGCUGCUAUUGUGAUCCAGAGUAACUUCCGAGGAUACAAAGAGCGGAAACAACUCAAAGAGAAGCGCAUGUGUCAGGAGAGUGCAAAGGCAAAACCGCCAAUGGAGACCUCAGCGCCAAACGGUAGCACGACUGCAACUCCUGAAAAAGACGAGGUCAAAGCCGCAACGGUUCUUCAAAGCAACUACCGUGGCCACCGGGAGAGAAAGCGCCUGGAGGAUGAAGGGAGGAUUCCCCCGAGAACAAAAAAGGAGCAACAGCAAGAUAAACCCAAACAGCAAGAGGAAGGAGAGAUCCAAGAACAGAAUCAAUGCAGCAAACAAGAGCCAACCCAGGAAACAACAGAUGAGGAUGCCAAAGCUGCUAUUGUUAUCCAGAGUAACUACAGAGGGCACAUGGAAAGAAAGAGACUGCAACAGGAAAGGAAAGUACCGGCCAAAAUCAAUGCAAAGGCCGAACCGAGGGAAGAACGUAUCCAAGAGCCACUUCAGCUGGAAGAGGCGGAAACCAGUGAAGGCCAGGAUGAGUACAGAGCUGCCACAGUCAUUCAGAGCAACUUCAGAGGGCACCAGGAGAGGAAACGGCUGAAAGAAGAAGGGAAAUUAGGCAAGAAGAAAGAGGUGACCGAACCUAUUGUUACAACCACUGAGAAUCCUACACCUGAGGAGCUGGACAAUUGUAAUGAAGAAGAGGAAGCAGCAGUGAAGAUUCAAAGCAAUUUCAGAGGCUACAAGGAGCGAAAACAGAUUCAACAAUGCACUGAAAGAGAGGCACAAGAUCUCGCUACCUUUUCAAAACAGAUUACAAAACACUCCGAUGAAUUCUUGACCAUGCAGCAGAAGCUGAACGAAGUUAUCGCCUCGCACCUCCUGAAACCAACAAGCCACAAUUUGCACUCUGUGAAGAAGCAACCAAACGGGCGACCUUUAGCACAUUAUCAGCCAGGACUUGAUCAGAAACACCAAAGAACUCCAAGACGAACUCACCUCCCGAAGACAUUAAAUACACCUGAAGACAGCACCUAUUACAAUCUCAUUCAUAGGUCAGUUCAGGAUGGUAAACGAAGACUAAGGAAAGACAGCCAAGUAAAACUUCUGGACACUGAAGAUAGCUACUACAAGCAGAUUUCAUCGAGUGAUUCAUUCUCUAACGAAACAACAGACAGAAGAUCAUCUUCAGAAUUACCCUCUGCAACUCCCACUCGAUCCAACAGACUCUUGAUCGCAGAACUGCCAUCAGAAGAUAGUCAAGAUGAAGAUAAUCCAUAUGACUACAGGAAACUGCUUCGUAAAACAUCCCAAAGGCAUCGUCUUAUCAAACAGUUUUAG